AUGGGAUACAAACCAUUCCAGUCGACUUACUACGAUGCCCGCAUGCGCGCCUCGCCGGCGUUGCUGCGUGCUCGUGCGCCGUACCUUUUGAAGAACACCAUCACCGGGUUCGCAAUCUGCUCUCUCGUCGUUGGAAUCUACACAUACACCAUCAACGCCAUCUCCCAGGACGAGUUCGAAGAUGUUAUUGUACCCGACGAGCCCAUCGUACGAUCGCAGCAACCUGCCGGGACAGCGGCAGCUGUCCAGCAAGCUGUCGCCGCAAGGAAGUAA